CGCUUUCCCGCCCCCCCCCCCCCCCCCCCGGGUCUGUAGGCGCGGGCGAGGCGAAGCACCAUGCGCCUCUCGGCCCUGCUGCGCGCGGGGUGCCAGCAGCUGCCCCCCGGUUACCGGCACGGCACGUGGCCCCCCGACACCGCCAACGCCCAGCGCCGCAACCCCCCGGGGCUGCGCCGCCGCAAGGUCUUCGUCGAGCCCAUCGCCGAGGAGGACUGGAAAGUGUUUCAGGGUGACACGGUCCAGCUCCUCACCGGGAAGGAUGCGGGGAAGCAGGGGAUGGUGACCCAGGUCGUGCGAGCCCGCAACUGGGUGGUGGUGGAAGGGCUGAACACGCACUACCGCUACAUCAACCGAACCGCCAAGUACACCGGGACCUACAUCGCCAGCGAGGCGCCGCUGCUGCUCAACCAGAUUUCCCUGGUUGACCCUGAGGACCGGAAGCCGACGGAGGUGGAAUGGCGAUACACGGAGGAAGGCGAGCGGGUCCGCGUCUCCCUGCGCAGCGGCCGGAUCAUCCCCCUGCCCCUGAAGCAGCGCAGGGACGGCAUCGUCCCCGAGCAGUGGAUCGAUGGCCCCAAGGACACGACGGUGGAGGAUGCGCUGGACAAGACGUACCUGCCGUCCCUGAAGACUUUCGAGGAGGAGAUCAUGGACGCCAUGGGGAUCGUGGAGACGCGCAGGGCCAAGAAAUCCUACUGGUAUUAACUGGUGGGGGACGGGGGGGGAACCAGGACCCACCCCAGCGUCGGGGUUUACAAUAAAAACACCCCUUGAUUUUUUUCCCC